AUUGUGAUUUAUAUGUGAUUUGUGUCGGUAAAGUAUCUUUUAGGUGUGCGCACACAUACACACGCACGCACACGCACAAACGCACGCAUCUACAGUGCAGUGUUGUGAUUGGCACAAAGUUCUCCUGCAUAUUGUUUCAUUUUCAAAAGCGAAAGUGAGAGUCACCACAGCAGACAGUUAUAGUGGCGUUAUACAUUUUAUACUGAGAUUAAGAGUAUUUAAAAUUUCUUCUUCUUGAAUUAUCACAGAAAUGGCACGAUCAAAGGAAAGCACAGAGAAGAACCUCAAGUCAACGUUCAAAGUUGUAAAAAAGUACAAAGAUGAAUUUUAUUCGAACAAUGUCAUGGAAGGAGAUGUGUUCGUUGUGAAACAUGAAAGAAAGGUCCAGAAGGCUGGAUUGUACACUGAUGGACAGAUCAUUCAGUUACAAGUAUUGCAGAGUCCAACUGGAGCUGGUAGACCUCUAGAUGCCUCGGGUUCCUCAGAGUCGCCUUCGUCUCAGUUGAUGUCCACAAUCUUCAUCGCAGGGAAGACGAUCAGAGCUGUCUUAACAGGAACACUCCACAACAGUACAGAGAUAAACAAGGUGAAUGUGGAUGCGUUCACUGGAGGAAAAAGUUUUGCUGUUUACAGGAAGAAGAAAGGAAUUUCUCAGUCAUUCAAGAAAAAUAUUGAUGAAGCAAUGAGCAAAUGUCCAGAAACCAAUUUUCAUAGAUAUAACUGUAUGGAGUUUGUCAUGGAGCUUCUCGAGCUUUAUCUGCCGCCGUAUAAAACAGAUUGCAGUAAGAUUGCCUUUGGCACCAAACCAAAGGGCUUCAAAGUUGUCAAAAACUUCGCUGAUGACUACAAAAAAAACGCAAUGUUAGGAGACCUGUUUCUUGUACAAGGUGGGCCAUUUGGCAGCAGUAACCUCCAUGCUGGUGUGUGCUGCAGUGAAAAGGGCCCAAAGAUCAUUCAGCUCAUAGAGACCACAACCGUUCCAGGUGUCGUGAACAAAGUGCAUCUCAACGGGUUUUCUGCAGGCAUGAGAUAUGCAAUUUAUAGGAAGAAGACGGGAAUCCCAGACUCGUUAAAAAAAAAAGUUGAUGAAGCAUUGAGCAGAAUGCCAAAUCGUCGACAGGCAGAAUACAGCAAUGUGCUUUUUGCUUUGGAGCUUCUCUUUGGAAAAUUAGAGGAAAAAGAAAGAGAUGUGGAAGAUUUAAACGACAUUUUAUUUGGUGACACUGAAUGAGUGCAGCUCUGUACAACAUGAAGAUUCUUCUUUAAAUUUUUUUUUUAAUGAAAAUCUGCUAACGGACCAUUUACUGUUUAUUUUGCUUUAGUUAAACAUCAUUUAUUCUUAAAUCAGUAUUAAAUCCUAAAAUAGAGUUUCAUGUUUGAUUUUUUUUUAAUCGUCAAACUUCAACAGAUAAAAAUAAAAAAUAAAAUCUUUAACCGUGUUUUUUUAACGCUCAUUGAUUUUUUCUUGAGAGAAAGAAUUUUAAGUGAGUUUAAAUUGAAUUCAAUUUAAAUAAAUUAAAGCCAUGUUCACAAAUAUAAAAGCUGUGCUUAUGAGCUCAUUUUGUUUUUUGUUAUCGUCUAGUCACCAUUUACGAAAAAGCAGCUUUGAAAUGGACUGAAAGUGUGUGUUUGUCUGUCAGUCAGGUCAUUUAGAGGUGAGGUGUGUUUGUCUGUCAGACAGGUCAUU